AUGCCUGAAGCGCCGGCUGAGCCUGGGUACGAUGCAUUCCAUAUCAUUCCUCCGUGGUUAGAGGCUCUGAUACAAUCGGAUACGGUACCUACAUCUGCGCCAAGCGCCCAGUCAGCUACUACACCAAAGCCGGCACCAGCUCCAACACCUACAUCUCUGCCAAGCGAUCCACUGGCUCCCAAGCCGACAUCAUCUAGCAGUAGCCUUGCCAGUGCUUUGAGUACAAUCCCUCCACCGGCUCCAAAGCCGACAUCAUCCAUCAGUAGCCUUACCAGUGCUUUGAGUACAAACCCACCACCAGCUCCGAAACCUACUUCGGUUGACAGUAAACCUGUCAGCGUGACCAGCACAAGUAACCUACCGACGAAACAAUCAACCAGCCCGCCUGUCCCGCCAGCAAAUACCCCAUCAAUCCCUCCGGCAAACAGUGUUUCUAGCAAACCAAGCGCAACAGCGUUUACACCAGCUACUAAGACAUGUCCAGCAGGAACGAGGAAUGGGGGCGAGCCCUACUGGCUAGAUGCUCAGGAUCACAAGCAAGGCGCCUCCGGAUAUGCUCCAUAUGCUGGUGGAAGCAAGAUAUACCCAGUAUAUCGUAAUGUACUAGACUAUGGCGUUGUCAGAGAUGGUUCAGGUGAUCAAACAGCCAAGCUUCAGCACGCAAUUGAUGACGACGGAAACGGUGGUACUCGUAAGGGGAAGGGUGUCACUCGGUAUCCAGCUGAAGUCUUCCUGCCUGGUGGAGUAUACACCCUUGGAAGCACUCUCACUAUGACUGUUGGAACAAUCAUUGUCGGAGACCCUCUGAAUCCUCCGAUUCUCAGAGCGAGCCCCGACUUCCAGGGCCAGUUUCUUAUUAUGGGAUACGACAAGAACAAUGGAAAUCCUGAGACCAGCUUCAUGAUGUUAUUGAAGAAUGUCAUCUUGGAUACAAAUGCUAUUGGCCCGAAUACCAAAAUUACCGCACUUCAGUGGGGAGUCGCCCAGGGAUCAGGAUUGACAAACGUUGAAGUUCACAUGCCGUUCAAUUCCAAAGUACACACUGGUAUCGACAUUGUUGCCGGCUCUACAAUUGCGGUGACUGAUGUGAGGAUCAUUGGUGGUGCUACCGGCAUUAUCAACUCGAACCAGCAAGUCAAUUUCAAGAACAUUCAAUUCGUCGGAUGCGGUACUGCGUUUGAAGCGAAAGGUGGAUUUACCGUUCUCCUUCAGAGUGCUGGGUUCGAAUCCUGUGGUACAGGUAUCAACAUGACAAGCAAUGGUCUAGGAAGUCUGGUCCUCCUAGACUCCACCUCCAGGAAUUCUGGUCCAGUGGUUAGAUUCCACGAUUCAUCCCAUGACACAGGAUAUAAAAACAGCCAGCUUCUUAUUCAGAACUUGGUGCACGAUGGAACAAAUCCCAUCGCUGUGGACAGUGAGGGAAGAACUCGCUUGGCCUCAACUGCCCAUGUCGACACCUGGCUAUGGGGUAGCCUUGUUGAAGGAGAGUAUGAGCAGGGAGCCAUGCAUAAUACUCAGAGAUCUGCAAGCCUACUUGUCAACGAUAAGUUCUUCAUUAAGGCGCAGCCAACUUAUAGCCAGUUCAGCAGCGCCGAUGUGGUCAAUGUCAAAUCCGUGCCUGGUCAUCCAGUCAAAGGUGAUGGUCUGGCGGAUGAAACAGCGUCGCUCAAUGCUAUUCUCAAGCAAAAUGCCGAGAACUGCAAGAUCACCUUCAUACCCUUCGGUGUAUACAGAGUCUCUGACACGCUCUUUGUUCCGGUCGGUACCCGUAUCGUGGGUGAGGCUUGGGCCGUGAUCUCUGGAUAUGGAGAUGCCUUCAAGGACCCCAGGAACCCUAGGGCCAUCGUAAAACUGGGUAACCCAGGUGACGUCGGUCUUAUCGAGAUUCAAGACAUGCGAUUCUCUGUUGGUGAGAUCCUUCCAGGAGCUAAGGUCCUCGAGAUCAAUGCUGCCGGAAGCCAACCCGGAGACGUCGGAUUGUGGAACACCAACGUGAUGGUAGGAGGCACAGCUGAAACCGUUAUCUCCAACAUCUGCACGUCCCAGGAUCCGAAGGACUGCAUGGCCGCUUACAUGGUCAUGCACCUCACAUCGUCCUCUUCAGCCUAUAUCGAGAAUUUCUGGGGCUGGACCGCGGAUCACAACCUGGACAGCACCUCGCUCCUCACCAUCGUCUCCACCGGCCGUGGUAUCCUUGUCGAAGCAACCAAGGGCACAUGGCUCACAGGCACAGGCUCAGAACACCACUGGCUAUACGAGUACAACUUCAACAAAGCAGCCAACGUCUUCGCAGGCCUCCUCCAAAGCGAAUCUCCCUACAUGCAAGGCUCUGGGGAAUAUGAAAACACACCCGCACCAUGGGCCCCCGACCCGAAAAUCGGAGACCCAGACUUCACCUGGUGUGGCGCUAACGACCAAAAAUGCCGCACCUCCAUCGCGACCAACAUCGAAGGCGGAUCUAACAUCGCAUUAUACAACUCCGCCGCCUGGGCCUUCUUCGACGGCUACUGGAACGGCCUAUAUAACGAGCCGUGUAGUGGAAAGUGUCAGACCAAUAUGAUGCGGGUUGCAGGUGCACCCCAGAAUCUUGUGUGGUACUCGAUUGGUACACGCCAGACGGAUGUUAUGAUACUUGAUGGAAAGAGUAACCCGCGUGAGGCGGAUCAUCCUGGUGGGUGGGAGGGAAUUAUUCAGGCAUAUGGGGAGUUUUCUAACUAA